AUGUGGCUGCAUACUGUUAAAGAGACACUACACACCACAGAUGAAGAGGUGGGAGCCUUCACCAAACUGAUUGAGGCCAUAGGCUUCACCGGACCCCUCAAAUACAACAAAUGGAAAAUUAAGAUAGCUGCCUUGCGCAUGUAUACAUGCUGUGUAGAAAGAAUCAACUAUGACCAAUUUUUUGAAAAGUGCUCUCUCCCUGACACGCUUAACUCCUGGUUCUUGGUGGCACAGCUCCACGUUUGGAUGUGUCUGGUCCGGAUGCGGCAGGAAGGCAGAGCUGGGAAGUACAUGUGCCGUUACAUCGUCCACUCCAUGUGGGAGGACGUGGAGCAGAGGAGCAAGAUUAUGGGAGGAAUACUGUCAGACGAUUGCGUUCUUGCGGCGGCGCUCUGGAGAAACGUGUUCAACAGACAGUGUGAAGACCCCAGACAGCUCGAGCUGAUGGUCGAAUACAUCCGCAAACAGGUCAGUGUGUGUGUGGAUGGUCAGAAGCCAGUUCUCUACUCCUGUGCAAACAGAAAGGUGUGUGUAUAUACUGUACAACUCGACCUCCUCACACACAUAAACACAAUGGAGUGCUGUACAUCACCCACUCCGUCACUCAGAUCCACUGGCACUGUGUUUAACAAGCAAACACACCCAUCUCCAUCCCAUAAUGUCACAUUCACUGGGUUCAGCAUUUACUUUGUGUUGGUGCAGAGCUUUCCCUUCCCUUACACCCCUACACGAGCCCCGCUUCAGACGCAAUCAUAUGAAUGCUAG